CCGGUUCCCAAUAUGGUCGCGACGUGACCGAAGUCUCCGCUUUGAAGUCCCAACUUUAAACUUACAACACUGUGCGGGUUCUAUAUUUGUUACUCAACAACUUAUUUGACUAAAUUACGAGUUAGAUAAGUAAAUAGCUUGCUUCGUUUUAAAGAUCCUCUGUAAACUCGUAGCUAGUAAAACUUCAUCGUGAACUCCUUGUGAAGUCUUCACCACUGCUGACAUUUGAAAUGGUGAGCAGUGCACACUUAUCAGUUAUCAGACCUUUUUAAUUGUCUGAUUUUAGCUACUAACUAAGUGGGGUGAUAUCGUUUAUGUUGUUAAGAUAUCAAACAGUAAACAAAAAUGCCAAUCACCAUGAAAGACUGCUCCUCAAAAGAUCAAGUGUGCUGCCCUUUGACCCAGAGAGAUUAACACACUUCUUGAAAACACUGAUGGUACACAUGUCACCACCAGCAGCAGUCUAUGCUGUCUGGCCUUAAUUGACCCAGCAAUUCACACAAUCAUAUUAAAGUGACAUGUUUCUGACUACUGAUCAGUUGUGAAUGUGUAGCCUAUGUUAUUUUUGUCAUUGAAUUAUGGUUUGUUUAAUCUCUACUCAGAUAACCUUUCUUGGAAGGAAUUGAAUGCACAUGAUGAUUUCAAGAACCCUGUCAAUCAGGGCACUCCUGUUCUUGGGGCUCUGUCAAGCUGGACGGAGGAGUUUAGCCUCAGCUCCAGAACGCAGAGAUCCACCCAAGAGGAUAGGUAAGCCAAUCUCAGUCUAGACUCCACAUUCCAUUGUCUUUGUCAAUGGCAUCCAGUGUUGUGUGGCUACGCAGUAGCACAUCAGUUCUGCAUAGGUGUGUUAACACAUCUCCAUGAAUUUAGUUAUAUUGGCCCAGAGAGCAUUUCUAUUUCACAUAUUUACAUGACACACAUUUUUAAACGUAUUAAUUGUUCAUUUUACUCCCCUUGGACUUCGAAUGACAUUGCAUUGUGGUUCUGUUCUAUUAACAGCUGUGGUUGGAGCGGGCAUCGGUGGCACAGCAACAGCUUACUUCCUGAGACAGGAGUUUGGGGCAGCGGUGAAGAUCGAUGUGUUUGAGCCAGGCACUGUGGGGGGGCGCUUGGCCACCCAGAACAUUGGGGACUAUGAGUACGAGACGGGGGGCGCAGUUAUCCACCCCCUAAAUCUGCACAUGAAGCACUUCCUUGAAAGACUAGGUGAGACAUGUUAGCCUAUCAGAGAUACACUUGCUUGUUCCUGAAAGAGUGCAGUACACAUGCACAGACAGACUAAUGACACCCAUCUUUAUUUCUCCCAUGUUUCUCUCAGGUCUUUCCCAGAGGCGGGAUGUCCCUGGAAAAAUGGCCAUCUUUGAUGGAAAGGAGCUCAUCUUUGAAGAGAGUGACUGGUUUAUUGGGAACUUCCUGCGCCUGCUUUGGCGGUACGGGUUCAACUUCCUGCGGAUGCAGAUGUGGGUGGAAAGUGUUCUGGAUAAAUUCAUGAGGUGAGACUUCAGUUUCUGCUACCUGUCUAUUUACAACUCAGCAGUCAAAACCUUUAUUAUGAAAUAAGUAUGUUAUUAAUGAGAGAAGAGUGCUAAUUGUAGGUAUGUGAUGUUUUGGUUCUUGUUUUUCCAGAAUCUACCAGUACCAGCAGUUUGGCUACUCCUUCACCAGUGUGGAGAAGCUCCUGCAUGCAAUGGGUGGUGACGAUUUCCUCACACUAGCCAAUCAGACGCUGGAGGAGGCCAUGUUGGGGGAGGGCUUUUCUCAGAGCUUCCUCAACGACGUCGUGGCACCUGUCACCCGUGUGAACUAUGGCCAAAGUGUCCGCAUCAAUGGCUUUGUGGGUAGGUUUUUAGGCAACAAAAUAAAUGCACACCAAAGUGGUUUGAUAAGUGGUUUCGAGUGCUCUUAUGUGGCCAUCCAAUCAAAUCUAUUUUAUCUUGAAAACAUAAGGAAACUGAACUAAUCCUUGUGAAAUGUGUGAUGUUGUCUCCAGGGGCGGUGUCUCUAGCAGGGGCAGAUCCAGGCCUGUGGGCAGUGGACGGAGGAAAUAAGAAGGUGUGCUCAGGACUCCUGUACCACAGCAAGGCCGAGCUCAUCCCAGCACGAGUCACUGCUAUCUCUGUCAAGCUGCGACCAUCUAAAGCAGGUACAUACACUGAGUGUACGAAACAUUCAAGUGACAUCAAUAAGGGAUCAUAGCUUUCACCUGGGUUCACCUGGUCAGUCUAUGUCAGGUGUUCCUGCUCUUUCCAUGACAUAGACUGACCAGGUUAAUCCAGGUGAAAGGUAUGAUCCGUUAUUGAUUUCACUUGUUAAAUCCACUUCAAUCCGUGUAGAUGAAGGGGGGGAGACAGGUUAAGAAGGAUUUUUAAGCCUUGAGACAAUUGAGACGUGUGCCAUUCAGAGGGUGACUGGGCAAGACAAAAUAUUUAAAUGCCUUUGAACGGGGUAUGGUAGUAGGUGCCAGGCGCACCGGUUUGAAUGUGUCAAGAACUGCAACGCUGCUGGAUUUUUCACACUCAACAGUUUCCCUUGUGUAUCAAGAAUGGUCAACCACUCAAAGGGCAUCCAGCCAACUUGACACAACUGUGGGAAGCAUUGGAGUCAACAUGGGCCAGCAUCCCUGUGGAAUGCUUUGGACGUCUUGUAGAGUCCAUGCCCCGACAAAUAGAGGCUGUUUUGAGGGCAAAGGGGGGUGCAAUUCAAUAUUAGGAAGGUGUUCCUAAUGUUUUGUACACUCGGUGGAUAUACACAUAAAUGUCUCAAGUAACUAACAGCACAGGUACUUGUUACAUAAACCUGAAAGUAGGCUAAAAUCUGUUCUGUAGCUGCUAAGGGUCUACUCAUUCUCUCUUUCUCCUGUUCACAGGUACCACAGCCAGUCUUUAUGAGGUAAACUAUGUUGGGGACUCUGGCUCCGCCCAUUCCCUGUAUGACAUAGUGAUUGUGGCCACACCUCUCCACCAGGGAAAGUCUGACAUCACCUUUGCAGGCUUCUCCCCGCCCAUUCCCUCCCAAUACCCUGGGCGCUACCACCAGACUGUCACCACCCUGGUCCACGGUCUCCUUAACGUGUCCUACCUGGGGACCUCUGAGAAGCCUUCUACCUUCAGUGUGUCAGAAGUUCUCACCACAGACACCAAGGGCUCCAUCAUCAACAGCCUGAGCUCUAUUGACCCUGUGCACAUCCCACCAGGCUACUCACGCCCGCCAGCCAGCGAGAGCAAGGUGUGGAAAGUGUUCUCUCCUCAGCCUCUGUCCCAGGAGCAUCUCCAGGACAUGUUCCUAUCAUGGGACUCCAUCUCAGAAACGAAGUGGCUGGCGUACCCUGCUUACAGUCCACCACACCGCAGGACCCCUCCAUUCAUCCUCCAUGAGCGCCUGUACUACCUGAAUGCUGUGGAGUGGGCAGCCAGUGCCAUGGAGAUGAGCGCCAUCUCAGCCAGGAACCUGGCACUGUUGGCACAUCACCGCUGGAACUCCCAGGUGGGCAGAAUCGACCAAGAGGAUCUGCACACACGUCUGAGGGGAGAGCUGUGAAAAGGGAGGGAGGG